AACUGCAUGAACCUGCCCCCGGACAAGAUCCAGCUCCUGAGUCAGUAUGACAGUGAGAAAAAGUGGGAGCUGAUCUGUGACCAGGAGCGGUUUCAAGUCAAGAACCCUCCAGCGGCCUACAUCCAAAAACUUAGGAGCUACCUGGAGACAGGUGGAGUCAGCAGAAAGGUGACAGCUGAUUGGAUGACAAACCUGGGGGUAUCUUCCUCCUCUAUCUUCUCUUCUCUUGGGCUCCUGACCCCUUAGGCACUGGGAAAAGAGUAUGGAUGUGGGGACAUGCGCAUGGAUGUCUGAGAAAGAGACAGACAGACAGACAGACAGACAGAUGGAGAGAGGAAGAGAGAGAAGAAAGA